GGAGGAGAGGGCCCCAGAUCUCAGUUAACAAUGGAGCCCCCGGUGCGCGGCGGGCACCCGGGCACCACUGGCGCCCGGCAGCGCGCUCUGCUGCGGGACAGGGAGGCCGUGUGCGGCUGCAGCACAGCCUCGCCCGCUCGAGUGGUCUGAUUCGGAUUUACGUGGCAGCGACACUGUCAACCCUUGCCUGGCUCUGUGGUGCGUCUCCCACUCCAGCCUAGCUUUCCCGGGUCUCCCUCGUCCUGGCCCGGAGCGCCAGGGGAGCCCUGCUCCUCCUCGCCCCGGGCCUCGGGCCGGCACAGCGGGAGUGACCCGGCAGGCCCAGCGCUCCUCGCCGCCGCGGGUCGGGGAUUUGGAGUUGCUCGAAGCUGCAGCCAGCUCCCGGGCGCGCCGCACUCCUCCGCGGCCGGAUCCCGGCGAUCCUCCACCAGCUGCCGGGCUCUCCCUCGGGGAUCCUGAGCGAGCGCGCAGAGGUAGGCUAGACCGACCCAGUCAGUCGCUGGCACCGACCUCGAUGCUUUCUUUCCAAACACACAGACACACACACACACACACACACACACACACACACACACACACACGCCCUGGGCGCAGACCCCUCAACGCCUCCCUUCCCGUGGAUAUCCUUCAGGGCCUCCGGGAGAGACCGACAGACGGACGGGGAAAGCACACGGAGGGAAACUUGUUCCUUCCAGUCUCCUGUCAGGCAAUUACUGGCGAGCCUGUGCCGGCAGAGGGGAGGGAGGAAGCGAGGGAAGGGCUCCAGAAGGGGAGGGGGAGGACGAAGGAGGUGGGGGAGGCGGGGGUGCAGUUGGUGAAACUCCUCUGUCUCCCGCUCAUCUUUUCAUUGCGUGCUCCUCUCCUUCGCGCAGACACCCCAGACCUCCCCUGGGCGCCAGCUCCUCGGCUCCAACGGGUCCAGAAACAAGCCGGAUUUUUUUUUUUUUUUUUUUCUGGAAAUUGGCUUUGGUGUGUUUCCCUACCUCCUUCCUCCCCCGUCUAGCCCCCCCUCCUUUUUUUUUUUUUUUUUUUUUUUUUUUUUUUUUUUUUGAGACAUGGCCCGGGCAGUGGCUCCUGGAAGAGGAACAAGUGUGGGAAAAGAGAGAGGAAACCGGAGCUAAAUGACAGGAUGCAGGCGACUUGAGACACAAAAAGAGAAGCAUUUCUCUCGGAUCAAGGCAUUGCAUCGCUGCUCUCCUUUCUCCAAGACGGACUGAGGAUUUUACGGCUCUAGGCGGAGUUGAAGCUCUUCAGAUUGUUUAGAUUCCCCGCUUUGCUCUAUUUUCCCCGCACGUUCUGGUUCUCCCGCGUCUGCCUGGGGAUCCGGCGAAGGGAGAAUGGAGAGGGGGCUGCCGCUCCUCUGCGCCGCGCUCGCCGUCGCCUUCGCCCCGGCCAGCGCUUUUCGAAACGAUAAAUGUGGUGAUACUAUAAAAAUUGAAAGCCCAGGGUACCUUACAUCUCCUGGUUAUCCUCAUUCUUAUCACCCAAGUGAAAAAUGUGAAUGGCUGAUUCAGGCUCCUGACCCAUACCAGAGAAUUAUGAUCAACUUCAACCCUCACUUUGAUUUGGAGGACAGAGACUGCAAGUAUGACUACGUGGAGGUCAUCGAUGGAGACAAUGAAAAUGGACGCUUAUGGGGAAAGUUCUGUGGGAAGAUUGCUCCUUCCCCUGUAGUGUCUUCAGGGCCAUUUCUUUUUAUUAAAUUUGUCUCUGACUAUGAGACACAUGGUGCUGGAUUUUCCAUACGUUAUGAAAUUUUCAAGAGAGGUCCUGAAUGUUCUCAGAAUUACACAGCACCUAGUGGAGUGAUAAAGUCCCCAGGAUUCCCUGAAAAAUAUCCCAACAGCCUUGAAUGCACUUAUAUUAUCUUUGCACCAAAGAUGUCAGAGAUUAUCCUGGAAUUUGAAAGCUUUGACCUGGAGCUUGACUCAAACCCUCCAGGGGGGAUGUUCUGUCGCUAUGACCGGCUAGAAAUCUGGGAUGGAUUCCCUGAUGUUGGUCCUCACAUCGGGCGUUACUGUGGACAGAAGACACCAGGUCGAAUCCGUUCCUCCUCGGGCAUUCUCUCCAUGGUUUUUUAUACUGACAGUGCAAUCGCAAAAGAAGGCUUCUCAGCAAACUACAGUGUUUUGCAGAGUAGUGUCUCAGAAGAUUUCAAAUGUAUGGAAGCUCUGGGCAUGGAAUCAGGGGAGAUUCAUUCUGACCAAAUCACAGCUUCUUCCCAGUAUAGCACUAACUGGUCUGCAGAACGCUCUCGCCUCAACUACCCUGAGAAUGGGUGGACUCCCGGAGAAGAUUCCUACAGAGAGUGGAUACAGGUAGACUUGGGCCUUCUGCGCUUUGUCACUGCUGUCGGGACACAGGGAGCCAUUUCAAAGGAAACCAAGAAGAAAUACUAUGUCAAGACUUACAGAAUAGACAUUAGCUCCAAUGGGGAAGACUGGAUCACCAUAAAGGAAGGAAAUAAACCUGUCAUCUUUCAGGGAAACACCAACCCCACAGAUGUUGUGUUUGGAGUUUUCCCUAAACCACUAAUAACUCGAUUUGUCCGAAUCAAACCGGUGACUUGGGAAACUGGCAUAUCUAUGAGGUUUGAAGUCUAUGGCUGCAAGAUAACAGAUUAUCCUUGCUCUGGCAUGUUGGGUAUGGUGUCUGGACUUAUCUCUGACUCCCAGAUAACAGCAUCAAACCAAGGGGACAGAAACUGGAUGCCUGAAAAUAUUCGCCUGGUAACCAGUCGCUCCGGCUGGGCACUGCCACCUGCUCCUCACCCAUACAUAAACGAGUGGCUCCAAGUGGACCUGGGGGAAGAGAAGAUUGUGAGGGGCAUCAUCAUUCAGGGGGGGAAGCACAGGGAAAACAAGGUGUUCAUGAGGAAAUUCAAGAUCGGGUACAGCAACAAUGGCUCAGACUGGAAAAUGAUCAUGGAUGACACCAAGCGCAAGGCUAAGUCUUUUGAAGGAAACAACAACUAUGAUACACCAGAGCUACGGACUUUUCCACCUCUUUCCACACGAUUCAUCAGGAUCUACCCUGAGAGAGCCACUCAUGGAGGACUGGGGCUGAGGAUGGAGCUGCUGGGCUGUGAAGUGGAAGCACCUACAGCUGGACCGACCACUCCCAACGGGAACCUGGUGGACGAGUGUGAUGAUGACCAGGCCAACUGCCACAGCGGAACAGGUGGGACCACCGUGCUGACCACAGAAAAACCAACCAUAAUAGACAGCACAAUACAAUCAGAGUUUCCAACAUACGGUUUUAACUGCGAAUUUGGCUGGGGCUCUCACAAGACAUUCUGUCACUGGGAACAUGACAAUCACGUGCAGCUCAAGUGGAGCGUGUUGACCAGCAAAACCGGACCGAUUCAGGAUCACACAGCAGGAGAUGGCAACUUCAUCUAUUCCCAAGCCGAUGAAAACCAGAAGGGCAAAGUGGCUCGUCUGGUGAGCCCCGUGGUUUAUUCCCAGAACUCCGCCCAUUGCAUGACCUUCUGGUAUCACAUGUCCGGUUCACACGUGGGCACGCUGAGGGUCAAACUGCACUAUCAGAAGCCAGAAGAGUAUGACCAGUUAGUCUGGAUGGCCAUCGGACACCAGGGAGACCACUGGAAGGAAGGGCGUGUCCUGCUCCACAAGUCUCUGAAGCUUUAUCAGGUGAUUUUUGAAGGUGAAAUCGGAAAAGGAAACCUUGGCGGGAUUGCAGUGGAUGACAUUAGUAUUAAUAACCACAUUUCACAAGAGGACUGCACAAAACCGGCAGACCUGGAUAAAAGGAACCCAGAAAAUAAAAUUGAUGAAACAGGGAGCACCCCAGGCUAUGAAGGCACAGGAGAAAGCAAUGAGAACAUCUCCAGGAAGCCGGGCAAUGUGUUGAAGACCUUGGAUCCCAUCCUCAUCACCAUCAUAGCCAUGAGUGCCCUGGGCGUCCUCCUGGGUGCCGUGUGUGGGGUCGUGCUGUACUGUGCCUGUUGGCACAAUGGGAUGUCCGAAAGAAACUUAUCUGCCCUGGAGAACUAUAACUUUGAACUCGUGGAUGGCGUGAAGUUGAAAAAGGACAAACUGAAUACACAGAGUACUUAUUCGGAGGCAUGAAGGCAGACAGAUGAAAAGACGAGUCAGAGAAUUGAAGGGGAAGGACGUAACUUGAACGUGCUGGGGAACUGUUUGUUGAUCUCUCUCACUGUACAGGCUGGGAAGUGCGUUGAUGACGCUGAGCCAGGCUUUUCUCAGGAGCAUCCAUGAGUACGGCCGACAGACAUGAACAAGUUAGCUGUGUUCGCAAUCGGAAUCAUGUACAGUCAGCUUUUUUCUGUUGGUUUCAUUUGAAUAAUCCAAUGCUGGUGUUGAGACCAAGUAUGAAUGACUUAAUGAUUCAUUUCGACUCUCCCUCCCCAUUCUCUCCCUCUUCCUUUUAUGGAUUCUUUUCAGAAACUGUGCAAAAUCCAAGAUGCUGGCACCAAGUGUAUUCAGCGGGGCCCUUUUGAUGGACAUGCUACCUGUAGCCCAGUGCCCAGAAUCUAUUAGAAUAACUGCACUUCAGUGGACUCCUGAAGCUGUACUUGUGUAUAAUUGCCCGCGUCGUGCAUAGGCAAAGAAGGGUUAGGAUGUUUUAUGUUAAAGUGCUGUAGCCUCAGUACCAGUAUAGUGUGUCAGCUCUGUUUACAAAGCAAUACCGUCAAAUUUUCUUGAUGUUUUCCAGUGUUGUACUAAACCUCGUGCUUGUGAACUCCAUACAGGAAACCGUGCCAUCACCAAACACUGCUGGCAACUGGGUGUGCUGCCGACAACCGCAAUGAAAAAUCCUUGGCACUGGCUAGUCUAUGUCCUCUCAAGUGCCUUUUUGUUUGUACUGGUUCUCAUUGUGUUACAUUAACAACCCGCUCUGUUUCUCGCUGGUGAAAGCCCUACUCUUUAAUCAAAUCCUGGUGGCCCACUGACUAAGAAGAAAGUAUAUUUUAGUGUGAGAUGUCAGCCCCUGGGAAGGCAAGGGCUCCGAAGAUUUGGCAAUGUGGCUUAAUUGUUCUGCUUUUUCCGUAGUUCAAUUUCAUGUCUCUUGACCCUUUUGUAUAAAGCUGCAAUAUUCUCUCUUAUUGGUCUUUCAUAUGGAAUGUAUUUUCAAAUGUAAACUCUUUCUCUCCUCUCUCUUUCUCUCUCUUUGUCUCUCUGUCUCUCUGUCUCUCUCUCUCUCUCUUUUCUCUCUUAGAAUUUAAGCAUUUGCCAUUGUCCAGAAAAGAAACUUGCAGCUUUAACCUGCUGGUAAUGGCAAGCAAUUUUGCUAGACUUUAUGUUUAAAAAUAAAUAAAUAAGGGAAAUUCCUAACUUUGCCCUCCAAAGUCUAACUUUGGUUUUCUUGUUAACUGGUUAAAGUGACAGUAUCUUUUUUCCUUAAGCCAUUUGUCUGUCUGCUCCAAUCAAAAUGAUCUGAGAUAGAAAUGUUUGCAUUUAAUAGAGUGAGAAGCUGAGGGAGAAGGAAUACUAAUUGGCUUUUAAGUGAGACCCAAAGGAAGGACUGAAUACAAUUCUCCAAGUAUCCAAAAAUAUGAGAUUUUUACAUCCAAAUAUGCAAAAUGACCCUUGAGAACCCUCUUGUUUUGCUAUUGAAUCAGACAAGGGAACUGGAAGAAAGAACAGUUAAUUUAAGAAAGUGACUAUAAAUCCUGGUGCCUGGGGGGAAGUAUUUUAAGAUAAUACGGGGAAAGAAAACAAGUAAAGUCAAAACAAAUCUUUAAAAACAUCCAUUGAGCAGCAACGCUGAAAAAACAGAGACUUGAAUGAAUGCACCUAGAAACUUCCAAUGGCUCACAAAGAAAAAGCCUGCCUUGGGACUGGUAAGAAGGAAGCCUAGAACAACAGCACAGAGCCGUAAAUAUCUUAUCAGGCAGCAUGCGAAUUAAUCCAAAGAAGCUGUGGUUGUUUCCCGUGUAUUUGUAUCAGGCCAUGGUGUAUAGAACUUUUAGAUUGUCCUUCCUACAUUGCCCUGGGUCCCUUUCAGAUGCAUUUGUGGGAGUCACAUUUGCAUCAUGAAUGGGUCAGUCCAUUCAUCUUGGUUUAAUUGGAUUAUGAAUGCCUUUUGUUUCCAGGAAAGUAUUGAUCACUAGGAAAAAAGAAUAGAUUUUUAUCCCCAGAGGCAUUCAUUCAGUUGUUACAAUCAUACCAGGAUGAAAGCACCAAGAUGUGUUUUUGUUUUUUUGCUUUUUUUUUUUUUUUAAGGCAACAGACUUAGAGUUGUCCUUAGUCAAGGAAAAAUGAUACUGCAACUUUAAAUUUUAAAGUAUCUUGCACUGAUAAAUAUAUUUAAAAAUUAUAUGUUUAUAAAGUUAUUAAUUUGUAAAGGCAGUGUUACAAAAUGUUCAGUUUAUAUUGUUUUAGAUUGUUUCGUAAUUUUUAAAGGUGUAAAAUAACCUAUUUUUUCUUUAUUGAAAUCUAUAAGACUUUCUGUAGUAAAAUGUUUUCAUUUUACUGGUAUAUGAUUGCUUCAUGUUUUGUACCAUCAUAAAAUUUUGUGCAAAUUUUUUUUACAGAAAUUUUUAUUUUCUAUGACAAUAUGACGCUUGUAAAUUGUUGUUUCAAAAUGAACAGCGAAGCCUUAACUUUCAAUGACAUUUGUAUUCUCAGACACUGAGUAGCAUAAAAACCACAUAGAACUGAACUGUAACUUAGAUUCCAAACUAUGACUACUACAUUCCAAAGAAACAGUUGAAUUAAACAUUUUCAUAAAACACCCA